AAAAUAUCAUGAGACAUGGCUGCAUGGGCGUAGUUUCCUUUGCUUUACCCUUCGGGGAAAAUCAAAACAAAAAAAAAUGUCAAAAUGUCAUUUUGCUUUCUGCUAAUCUCCAAUGGCUUUUUUCCAUUGAAGAUUGAAGUGCGUCGAAUGAUUUGCUUGUGUUAGUGUCGUAAUUUGUAAAUUUAAUUAUAAAGCGGGUAAUAUAAUAAUAAUAAGCAUCGUAGAAGAGCAUGUAUAUGUUAUUAAGAUGUUAAUAGACAGCUGACGUAAGGUGGGCAUCUUUGCUAACUCGAUUAUUGAAGUCGAAUUAUGCCCUUCUACGGGGCUCGAAGGCUUUCGUAAUAUAGAUGGCAAAACAGUGAACGAAGUAAAAUGUACGGAAAAAACGGGUCUGAUUUCCCUCCCGUCACUGAAGACACAUUUUGUAAAUACGUUUUGUAUUAUGAAAUAAAUAAUUCAAGGGUUCGGAUUUGGGAUUUGAUAAUAUUGAUACCGAAUGCUCUCUUUGUACUGUUCUUAGUGGUUAGGUUUAAUAAGGCUCAGUUGAAACUUCGUGCUACAAGUAGUCCUAUAUUCCUGACAUUUUACACGCUAGUAUGGGGGAAUGUGAUCAUCAGUCUGGUGCGAUGCGCCGUGUCUAUGACGGUGAAUGCUGCCAUGCCACUGGGUGGGUUGGUGGACAAGAUACUAUGGGUGACUGUAAGGUUUUUCUUGCUGGCAACUGAAAUGAGUGUUGUUAUUUUCGGAUUAGCAUUUGGUCAUAUGGAUAGCCGAAGCAGUAUUAGAUAUGUCCUGUUAGCGACAUCACUCAUAUCCUUGGCUUUCACUGUAACUCAAGGCACAUUGGAGAUUGUGAUGCCAGAUGACAUAUUCCACAUAGACACGAGGAAAUAUGACCUCUUUGGACAUGGAGGCAUGUUGUUUUGGUUCACUUCAUCUCUGAUCUUUGCAUUGAUCUACUUCGUCAUAUUGCUACUCCCGUGGACUCCAUUGAGGGACUACUUGGCUUUACCUACGAAAUUAUCUUUUUACUUCUACGUCCUUCUGCUGGCUCUCCUCGACACAACGCAGGCAGUCGGCGCAGGCCUACUUGAAUGGGGCUCCCUUCAAUCCGGGCUGUGCGUCGUCGAUGUCACGUCGUGGCUCUACUUCUCUCUGUACACGCCGCUUGUCUACCACACCUUCCUCAGCGAAUUCUUCAGUGUGUCCCAGCCGAGCAUCAUGUUCUCGUACAAGGCUCAGAUGGACGAGCCGAUGGACGACGACCAGGUGUCUCUGCCGCACCAGCAGAGCUUCAGCUCACUUAAGACCGACUCCGACUAUAUUUACCAGCAGAGCAACAGCGUAUACGACAGCACGUUAUUCGAAGCCGGAGGAACGACGCCCAUGAACCCUGUGUACAGUGCGUCGCUUCAGAGCCCCGAUUCAAUAGCCUCCGGACAAUCCAUAGACAUCGGCGCGCCCAACGGCUUCCAAAGCCAGAACAUGCCUUCAACAUAACAAUUAUCAAGCUACACACGGAAAUCUCACUGCGUUAUUUAUACCCCACACAUCCAAAGAAACACAUUACUAAUUUAAAAAAAGAAUCUAGUUACGUAAUGAAUGAUAGAGUAAACGAUAACAAGACAUUAGUGCUUACAUUAAAAGUUUUUAGGUACCUAUCUCAUAUUGUUUUAUACGAUACAAGAAUCUCUGUAUUAAUAAAUAGUAAUUCAUUUGUUUUAUAUUAAUGAAUCUUAUCUAUUACUUUUUAUUACUUGUGAUAGCUAGAGCCAGUGAUCAAAUCGAAUAACUUGAGACUGUUUAACAUCCCAUUUCUGCUUUAACAUAGUGUAUGUAAUGGAUCCAUCCAGAAUAAAAUUACAGAUUAGAUUGUAAUCGGUAGCUAUGUCGGCUGUUGUACAUAAACUUUGCUGUGACAGUAGUGACUUGUGAUGUUUAUAGUAUUUUCACUUGAUUCUGAGAUUGAAAGAGCUCGUGAAAGUUUUUGUAUAAGUAUAUUUUAAUCAAGUAAAUAGAUUUACAGAUUUAUCUAUCUGUAGCACUGAAUUCAAUACCGAGAAAGCUCGAUGAAGCGUGGGUACUCGGUUCGUCUUGCGAUUGAUGUACCUCUGGCUAGCCCAAUUGGGAAUAUACCCGUGAGCGUAUGUGAUGGCUGAGGAAAGCAUAUGGAGUUAUUUAAUGUGGUUACAUAAAUAGUUGUCACUCAAGGUGGCGUUUCGUUACCGGAUUGUCUUGAAUAAUGCCAAGUUAUCAAAUGGUUGUUUUCUAUUGGUUUGGUCAUAUCAUUUUGCUACCUCGUCGAAUUAAACAUAUCUCACAUAAAUGAUUUAUCAAAAUGAAGCAAUCUAUAUUGUAUGUUACAUUAACGUAAAUUCGCGUCUGUAAUACCUAGCGGGGUAGGUAGGUCAAUAUGAUAGAUUUUUUUUAACAUACUUAUUUAAUAAGUUACUUAUCUUAAACUACUUAUUGUAAUGUUUUUGUUUAUUUUUUAAAAAAACUUUCCAAAAUUUUACCAUUGUACUAUAACCACCGAUUCGAAAUCAGUAUUCAUAGUAACUUUAUAUUGAGUUUACUCAUUCAAAUGUAAAUGUGUGCUACAGAUGUCUUAUUGUAAGUGUAUAGAUAUUUCCACAUAAAUUGUGCUAUUUUAUAUUUGUGUGUUUGACAGCAAAUUGGUUUUUAAUUUGUAUAAAACCUUUGUUACUGUACUGUGAUGGUAUAUACUUAUUUUAUAUUUUGUUAUUAAUUUAUAUUUUUCCUUAUAUUGAUUUGUAUUGUAAAAAUAUAAAGAUUGAAAUAACAGCUUGAAUAAAUCGUAAAGUACAGGUUUUUAGAAGUCUUUAAUGCUUUUAUGAUGUAUGUAGAUAAUAUAAUAUUGAAUCAAAAUAGUUAUAUUAAAUACUAAAGUCAGAGAAAUACUUAGGAUUCAAGCAAAGCUUAUUGAUCUUGUCUCAUUAUUAGUUUUAUACAUAUAAAAGCCCUAUUCAGUUAUCAGCAAUCAUCUAGCUUAAGCGUUUGUCAAUUCGAUAUACGAUUUUCAAAAGUAAUUUAAAUGGCAACUUGUCAAUUUUCCUUUAUAUUGUGAUAUGUUUUACGGAUCCAUGUGAAAAUUUUACUCUUUAAGUGAUAUUUUGGUUGAUGGCGUAUAUUUUUUUUUUGUUGUUUUGUCUCUUAGGAUACUAAUAAAGUAAAACUUUUAUUGAAA